GACUUGGGCAAACAGGAUAUAUCAACAUCCCUUUACAGGGUAUAAAGAAGCCUUCAGUGUACAACUCGAACAUUUAUAUCCUGUGGUUUCUCAUAUAUGCAAUUACCAAGACGUUGCAAUGACUGAUCCAAACAGCUCUCACCGCCUGGACGACUUCAGUGAAUUGUACGAUGAAGAAUUCAACUACACUGACCUCCAAAACCUCACUGACUUUAAUGUGGAUGAAAAAACGCUACUCUGUCAUCCCGUCACCAUAGCAGAUGCAAUCCACAUUUCAUUUUGUGUCUUUUAUAUUAUCAUCUUUCUGACGGCCAUACCAGGGAACCUGAUUGUCGGCUACGUCAUUGGUUCAAACAGACGCGCACUCUCUGCUUCGGAUGUCUACUUAUUCAACCUAAUGCUGGCCGACACUCUACUGGCCCUAAUCUUGCCCUUUUCUGCAGUCUCCGUGCUGCACGGUUGGGUGUUCGGCAAUGUUGCAUGCAAACUGGUUUCCCUGGUAAAAGAAGUGAACUUUUACACCAGCAUUCUAUUCCUGGUGUGCAUUAGUGUGGAUCGCUAUAUGGUUAUCGUCCGAGCUAUGGAAGCUCAAAAGGCUCAGCGCAGACUGUGCAGCGGGGUUGCGUGUGGAGUCGUGUGGGUUUUGGGAUGUUUCCUAUCCUUACCAUCACUCUACAACGAGGCUUUUUAUUCCAAAAUGGCCAAACAGACUGUCUGUGCGGAACACUUCAAAGCAGAUAGCGCCGAUGAGUGGCGACUGGCCACGCGUAUUUUGAGGCACCUCCUUGGCUUUGUGCUACCUCUAGUGGUCAUGUUGAUCUGCUACAGCAUAACAAUAGCACGGCUGUUGCGUACAAGGUGUUUCCAGAAACAGAGAGCCAUGAAAGUGAUUGUAGCUGUGGUUGUGGCUUUCCUUCUAUGCUGGACCCCUUUCCAUGUUGUGACAAUUGUUGACACUCUGCUGAGGGUCAAAGCAAUUAAAUUCAGCUGUUACACUCGAACAUCUGUGGAUGUUGCCAUGUUUGCUACUGAAAACCUAGGCCUCCUACACUGCUGUGUGAACCCCAUGCUGUACGCUUUCGUGGGCGAGAAGUUCCGAAGAAGGUUUCUGCAAUUGCUCCAUAGGAGAGGACUUCUGGAGCGUUUCUCGGUCUCCAGAUCUAGCAGGUCUUCUUCUUUGACCUCAGAAGUCACGUCCAGCUUUCUGUAAGCUACCGCUACAAAACACUCUGCUGAAAGACCAGCAUUAAUGUCCAGUGUUGGAUCAGAAAUGCUUGUUGACCAAAGGAGGCUUGUAAAACAGCAUCCAAAACACAUCAAAUGCUGGUUUUUAUCAGGGAAUGGACUUCAAUAAAUGUGAACUGCAACCAAUGGAAACAAAACCUGUUGUAACUGUCAUGCUGUGCCUCCCUCUGUUGGUCAAAAAUAGUCUAACUUUUCACUAAGCAGAGUGAGAAGUAGGCCUACACUUGCAUGUAAAAUUGCUUGGCUGAGGUUCUAAAAGACAAAUGUUUUAAUUAGUGGUGCUUGCUAAGGCAGGCUAAGGGCAUGCAUGAUACUGCAAAUCGUGUUGUUUGUCGAGGAGAGGAGAGAUAUGCUAUCACUUUUAUUAUUGCCUGGUAAACAAUAAACAUGCAAUUAAAUUUAAAGCACUUUGAUGCACAAACCAUUCGUCAAGGCAACUGGUGGUCAGUAUGCAAGGUAUUUCUUAUAGAUAUUUUGAACCUUUAGAGACAUUUUAAAACUGUGAGUGACAAUAAGCCAAAAAGUAAAGUUGGUGAGGAGCCCAUAAUAUCUGUUUAGUAUAUUUUACAGAUGUUAUAUAUACUGAUAUACAGUAUAUAUAUAUAUAUAUAUAUAUAUAUAUAUAUAUAUAUAUAUAUAUAUAUAUAUAUAUAUAUAUAUAUAAUAUAGAUUAACCACAAAAAAAAUAUCUUCAAUUCGCCGCUUGUUUAUUUAAAAAUCACGGUUACUGCAAGGCACUUACAAUGGAAGUGAAUGGGGCCAGUCCAUAAACAAUUAAAAUACAGUACACAAUGUUUCAAAAGUACAGUCACAAGAGGUAAAAAUGUUAUAUAUGUUAACAUGAUUUUAAUGUGAUAAAAUCGCUUACAGGGUGUACAGGCAUUGAGUCAUCAUGGCACCACAUUUGUAAUAUUUGAUAACUUUAAACUUAGAUUAGUAAAGUAAGCAAUUUUAUCACACUAAAAUUAUGCUAAAGGAAUAUUCUGUGUUCCAUAUACAGAGUACUGUGCAAAAGCUUUAUGCACAUAAAAUGUUUCACAAAAACAUUUGUCUUAAGAUGGUUAUUUAUAUCUUCAGCUUUAGUGUGUCAAUAGGAAAUAUAAACUGUAGACUUCCAAACAUUACUUUUGCAAACAGAAUAGAAUAGAAGAACAGGGAGCCCUGCAACAUAUGGCUCCCACAGAGCCCCCCACUGAACAGUGAGUUAGUCUGAGAUUCAUGAAGAGACAGAAGCAAUUUAGACAGCCUAGACAGAUAGAAGAAUUGUGGCGAAUUCUUCAAGAAGCUUGGAACAUCCUAUCUGCCAGCAACCAAGAAAAACUGUAUCCAGGUGUACCUUGGAGAAUCUGUGCUGUUUUGAAGGCAAAGGUGGUCACACCAAAUAUUGAUUUAGCUUUUUAAGUUUACUGGACUUUGUAUGAUGUUUUUUCGUUAAAAACAUCAUUAAAUGAAAACUUCUUAUGGCAUUAUACUAUGCAAAAAUUUUCACAAGUGCCUAAAACUUUUCAGUCGACAGCAAUUAUACAAUAAAGUUGAUUAGCACACACAAAAAAUUUCAACUCGUCCUUCCUUUUCUUAAAAAAAGAAGAAACAAGGUUGCAGUGAGGCACUUACAACGGAAGUGAAUGUAGAUUUUUGUAGGGUUCAAAGGCAGAAAUGUGAAGCUUAUAAUUUUAUUAAAACACUUAAAUUAGUUCUUCUGUUAAAACUUGUGUAUUAUUUGAGCUGUAAAGUUGUUUAAAUCAUCAUUUUUGUGGUAGUUUUAGGGCUUAUGGCCUUAAUUUGUCAUGGCAACAAAGUAAAAUUGGAUAUAACUUUGCACAGAAAAGGUUAGUAAGUGAUUUUGUCACAUUAAAAUCAUGUUAAUACGCAUAUUAUUUCUGUCUUGUGGCUAUGCUUUUGAAACAGCAAGUAUUUUAAUGUUUACGGUUUGGCCCCAUUCACUUCCAUUGUAAAUGCCUCACUAUAACCUAGAUCUGUUUUUUGGUUUUGUUUUUUUAAGAAAAGGAAGGAAAGUCAAAAUAAAUGUUUGUGGUAUAAACAUUAUGCCACAAAUGCUGUCAAUUGAGUUUAACUUCCCUUGACACGUAUAAUGCUUACAUCUUGUGGUUAUACUUUUGAAACAAUGUGUAUUUUAUGAACUGGCCUUUUAUGAACUUUUCUUUUGUGCUUAUCAUUUUAACCAUUUGUCCUAGAGACACCAUUUUUUUUUUUUUUUGUCUGAUUAUUCUCCACUUAAUGUUUCAAAUGGACUUUUCUCAUUACAGUGGCCGCCAUCUUGGAUUAUGAUGUUUGCAGUUUAAAAGUUUCACUCCUUCAAACUUUGUCCGAUUUGUCCAAACAAUGUCUUUAAAUAUUUUCCAAACCAAGCCACCCAGAAAAGAUAAUACAUAAUUUAGAUUUUCGCAUUUGUUUAAAAGUUACGGCAUCGCAAAGUUGACGAGUUCAGUGCGAAAAUGGAUUUGAGGCUGUAUCUCGGCAAUACUUUUUCCAACCAAAACGAAACUUGGUUUGCUUUAUGAGGACACAUGCAGAGUUCUGUGACAUCACCAUCUAUUGGUCAAGAAUUGUGAAAAAAUGCUUUUUUGACCCAUUACUUUUGAACUUUUAAAUCAUGGGCUUGGUGUCUGUGAAUUCCUGGGGUCUUGUGUAUUUCAACAAUAUUAGUUUUUUCCAUUUCAACCAUACUGUCUUUCCGUCAUAUUUAAUUUUAUUAAAAAGUGAUAUAUCUUUUAAAAGGAUUGUCAGAUUUAAAAGAAAUUGCAUCAUCUACAUCAUGUCUUGAGGAUAACCGAACAGUUUUGAGACAGCACCACCUAUAUUUAAAAAAAUAAUCCACACUUGUGUGCUAACUCUAACCUUGCAAUGUCUCUUUGCCAUCGGUCAGACAUGUCAGCCAGGUGAGAAUAUCUGGUCAAAGAUCUGAGGUUGUGGGUUCAAAUCACCAUCUUGACAAAUCAUUGAGUUUGUCCUGAGGAUACCUGAGCAGUUUGGAGACAGCAGCACAUAGUGGUCAAAAUUCUUAUUCAAUUCAAACUUUUUAUAUGUCAUUGCUUCCUUAGUCUAAGUCUUCAGAAAAUGGCGGAGAGAAAUAAAAAAAAAUAAAAAAAAACCUGCUGACUCUCAGCUUGAUAUGUCUAUUUAGCACAUGUGGCAAUGCGGUGCAGCAGUCAGUGUGCCAUACCUCUGUGCUGUAGAGACUUAAAUUUUAAUGGUUCAUGACCAAUUUGGUGCAUCUGGAAAAAGGAUUUACUAAAUAUUAUGACAGGUAUUUCUUUCUUUCUACUGUGUUUGAUACAAGCCAUAUUGGCUCUCCACUAUUUUCAAUAAUUCUUUCAUUCCAAACCUGCUGAGUCAGCUUAGUUUGUCUCUUCAGCACACGCUCAACUUGUGGCAAAAUGGAACAGUGGUCAGUGUGCCAUGGCUGUGUGGUAUAGAGACUGAAAGGUUGUUGCUUCAAGACCAGCUUGGAGCAACUUGAAAAACUUUGAGUAUUUGCAAAAUAUAUUAUGACCAGUCUGUUCCUUCUUUCUGCUGUGUUUGAUAUCAGCCUUAUCGGCUAUCCACCAUUUUGAAUGCUUUGUUUAUUCAAAAUCUGCUGACUCUCAGCUUGGUAUGUCUCUUUAGCACUUGUGAAACGUUUCUGUUUCUGUCACUUUUUUGGUGACUUGUGAAGUAGUGUGGGGUUGCUUUGUAUGUCAUAUUCACGCAAUGUGUUGUGCUUGCUAUGGUGUACUGCUUGCCAUUUCAGUUCUUGGCCCCGUAAUUGCUGCUUGCAGCUAUAUUUAGGGCCCAAGCACUGAAAGUGCGGGGACCCUAUUGUUCUUCUAAGGAUUAUUAUUACUUUUAUUUUUAGGGCCCAAGCACUGAAAGUGCGAGACCCUAUUGUUCUUCUAAGGAUUAUUAUUAGGGCCCAUGCACUGAAAGUGUGGAGACACUAUUGUUCUUCUAAGGAUUAUUAUUACUUUUAUUUUUAGGGCCCAAGCACUGAAAGUGCAGAGGCCCUAUUGUUCUUCUAAGGAUUAUUAUUACUUUUAUUUUUAGGGCCCAAGCACUGAAAGUGCGGAGACCCUAUUGUUCUUCUAAGGAUUAUUAGGGUCCAAGCACUGAAAGUGCAGAGGCCGUAUUGUUCUUCUAAGGAUUAUUAUUUUUAUUAUUAUUAUUAUUAUUCUUUUCAAGGUUUUCAGUACUUUUGGGGUACAUAAAAUGCGUGAAAACUCUUGAAAGUUUGCACACACAUCAGAGUCGC